CUGGCGGAAAUGUACCGAGAGCAAUGUAUUGGUUUAGAGGAUGAGCUCGCAAGAAUAAGGGAGCGGACUGAUGUUAGUGAGGACAUUUUCAAGGAGAGAACAGAGAAGAUGAGUAAAAGAUUGGCCUUGAUGAAUACCAGAUAUGAAAACUUGGAGAAAAGGAGAGCAUUGGAAGUUGAGGGGUUUAAAACUGAUAUUAAGAUGCUCAGGGACAAGCUGAAGAAUGUUGAGAAACAGUUAUUCAAAGUGACGGUUAACAUGGGAGAUGAUUACGAUGAACAAGUGCUUAGAAAUGUUCGACACACUGCAGGAAGGUCAAAGAAACUUGUCGGUGAACUUCACAAUCUUAAGGCCAAGAUUUAUUCUUUAGAGAAUGAUGUUAGACAUAUGGGAUAAUGUGAUUGGAGCAUUUUGUGGCAAUUCUAAAUACUGUUAAUACGUUAACCAACAUUAGUCUUCAUAUAAUGACAUGGUCUUAUUCAACCUCAUUUUUGAAAUGUUUACUAAUAAAUUGUACUGUCUACCCUUUUAAAUGGUGAGAAUAUUUUAUUUUUUUUGGUGUAAAAUCACCCUUAAUUAAUGUAUCUACAUGUAUGUACUAAUUUCUAUUGCUUCUUAUUUUUGCUUCCAACAUGAUUUUACUUGUUGGUUGAUAUGAAAAUUUUCUCUUAACAUUUAUAAGGAAACUUCGUUUUUUUUUUAAGGAUCCUUGUUGUUAGAUGCAGUGGGUCAGGCAUGACUGUUUUCUGUUAUCGUGAUAUUCUCAUUUUAUUGAAUGAAUAGGGAAAUAGGCUGUGCAGCUUGCCUACAUUUCACUUUCUGUAAAUAGUAUUUAGUUGGGACAGUAUCAUUUGUGUAUUAUGUAAUUUUAUACAAAAGGCAGCUUAAUGUGUUGUAAGUUUUCAGGAUGGCAAAUUAAAACACAUUUUGAAAGGAUCUGAGAGGUUACAAGUCAUUCAUUCAAUUGGCACCAUCACUUAAAAAAGUGUAACAUGUAUCCUUUGAACUUCAUGUUGCAUCGCAAGUUCAAAACAUUGUUGCCCAUUUCUCUAAAGCCCUGGAAACCUUUUGGGCCUGCAAAGCCAUUUUUAGUUAAUCUGUAUUCAUCUAAAAACAGAGGUGUAUACACCUGAAAUUUAUUGUAUGGUAAACCUUUGUUCAUAUUAAGUGUAUGUGAAUAAAACAGCUCCAUAAUCAUAAGGUUUGAUAUUUUGCUAUGGCUUUUGGGAUGAGAAAACUUUUUGGGACCUUCAAGAAACGGGCCCCAGGUUGGAGGUCACAUAUUGAACAAGCCCUACUUAACUUUGUGCAACAUGUUGCACUAAGUUGCAACACACAAAGUAAUCUGUGCCCCCACACUUGAUUUAGUUUUUGAGAAGUCCCACAUUUUUCUCAAGGUGACUGUUGAUCACAGACCUCUGUUGAAAUGGCUUUUUCUCAGGCCGUUGCACACACUAUUGGUUUCACUCACAGAUUCAAAAGUGAUCCCGUGAUGACGAUGAAUUUCAAGUUUGAUGAGUGAAUCUUUCCUUGGGGAAGGUGCUCCAGUUUGUUUACAAGUUUGUUGCAGAGGUUUGCACUUUCAAGCCAGGUACAAUUCAAGAUAUGUUACGGAGAAGAGUUCGACAGAUGCAAAAUCCAUUGCAUUGAUAAGAUUUGACUUGAACUUGCUACUUUUGAGUAAUUUGCGACAGCUGUGCUGCAAACUGUAGCCAAGAGAUGUUUGUUAUCACAUAAUCACUUUUUUUGAAUCCGCGUCUGAAACCAAUGGUGCAUGCAAAGGCCUGAAAAAAAGCCAUUUCAACAAAAGUCUGCAAUCAGUAGUAGCUGAAGUUCAAAGCAGCAGGUUCCCAAAAUUGCCAUAGCAGUCAAAAUUUACCUAAUUUGGUCAACCUGGCAAUUUUGUUGUAACCAUUGAUUCUACAGCAAACAAGAUAAAAUAAUUAUUAUGAUCCACUACCAAUUAAAUAGCUUUGAAACCUUUUAUUGAAUUCAUAACCCUAAUUAAUUACUCAUUAAAGCUACUAUAAACAAUUUCUUUGGCUGAACAGGUCAUAACCUAAUAUAAUAAUAACUAUAAUCUAGGAAAUCCUCAUUCGAUUAUGUACAGGCUUAAAAUAGAAGAUCUCUGCAAAAAUAGAAUACUGUCAACAAUCUUGCUUGGUAACAAUACUUAUUAUAUGGUUAACUCUGCAAAUGGGCAAGAUAAACUUAAUCCUGAACUAGCUGGCCCAAGCAGGCAAGACAGCUAUCAUGCCCACUCCAGAUUACUGCUGUAUCUCGCAAGAAAGUGGUGACCUAUAUGUCAUUACCCUGCAAGCAGCGCCCUUCGAUCUUCCUAGAAAAAUUGCAAAUCCUUCCUCUUGAAAGACACUCUGCUCACAGGGUAGUAUGUCAUAA